AUGAAUGCAGAGGACAAUAGUCAUCUCUGGCGAACUCCGCUUCUCGAAGCCAACGGCGGCGUCUACAUGCGCUGUGAAGAUAAUGAGAGCCCAAACCGGGAACCUAUGUUUCCCAGAGGCCGUGAAACGUCUUUUGGGUCAUUUCUGUGCUCCCACAGACGUUUUCCUCCCCGAACAAGGGCAGACUUGCUGGAGGAAGCAGUGAGAAUUGGGCCAGUAGGGAUCAUAAAUCGGGCGUUUCCUGCGUUGUUUUCCCGGACUUCUGGCGUCCGCGGCGUGUCUUUUUCAAACGUGCUUGUCUUGCGCUCUCCGACUUUCCUGACCAGGCGACUUUUCAGAACUUUCCAGAGAAGCACUUUGAAGAGACGGGAGCCACCUCUGCGCCUUGGGAGACCUUGGGAGGGAGGGGUUCGAGAGAGCCCACAGAACCCGUCUCGGUCGCUGACUCUCUUAGCCCCGCUCCGCACAGGGAAUUCGAGGAGGGCACGGCGCUGGCCCUCAUGGACCCAGUGCUGCCCACUAAGACAGAACGGAGUCUUAAAAUCAGAGGAGAAACACUCUUGGACCACGUUUAGCCAUGCCAACUGGCAGGUGAAGACACGUGGAUCUCCCUUCUCCCUCCGGGAUCUGGCAGAUCAACUUAAAAAGGAAGAAAAAAAGACGAGGCUCUACAAUCAACUCCUGCUACAUGGACUUUGCGGUAUCAUGUUGGGACUAGCCAUAGUUUCAGCACAAGACAAUGUUUUCAUUUCAUGGUGUAUCAGCUGCUCUAGAUGACGUGACAAGUCCGGUAAAAGCUAUGUCUGAUGAUGAUCUUCCUUUUUGGACUUCUGUUAUAUCAUGGAUAAAGGGUGAUUGGUGGAAAACUAUAUUAACUAUUGUUACAGUUGUUCUGUUGACUCUGUUAUGUGGACCUUGCAUUCUCCAAUGUAUUGUCAACUUUGUUUCACUGACAUUGACUUCAUUCACCUAAGUAUAUGCCAGAAGACCUAAGGUACAAUACAUUCUGAUGAAUGAUGCUCACCCUGGAAGUUGAGAGCAUCAAGACGGGGAAUGAAGGAGGAAAGAACCAGGUUGUAUUGACUAAACUGACUCCAUUUUAAAAGGAAAGAAACUCCAUCUUGCAAUGUCGGUGAACUUUGGAAAUACAUAUCUGGUAACCAUGGAGACAACAUACCAAUAGCUGAGCAAGCCUCCCGAAUGGACAAACACCAGACCAGGCUGACCUCAUACCUAGACUCCCCAGAACCAAGAAGAAUGUAAUAAUCCACUAUGUUAUCAAUCAUAUUCUGUAAUCUUUGAAAUGCCCAUUGGUGUGGGCUACACUGCAUGACUAGAUGACCUUUAGAGUGUGAAUCACGACUGUAACCUGAUUGUAUCUCUUUCUCACAUUUUCCAGAGCAGACUUGAGAAAUUUGGGGAUGUGGGCUUGGGCACAUACACUUUAGGUAUAAAAGGUUGUCACAAAAUUCGGUCAGGGUCCCUGGCUAAGAGGAAACUCUGCUUUGGACCUGUAGGUGUAAUAAACUGCACUCCACUAUCAG